GUUUUUGGAACCUAAAUAACAAGUUUUGCGGAAGCAAAUAUCUUGUUUAACUAAAUAUUAAAAUAUUAGAACACUUAUGGGGUGAUAACAGCAGUUGGCAGCCUCUUUCUCGUGAAAGGAACCCUGUCGUCAGCUUUCCAACCUCCGCCCGUGAUUGUGAUUAUUCUUAUUGGAGAUUACUCGGCGACAGCUGGAAAUUGUAGGCGUUCGUUGGGACGUCUUUAGUGUUUCCGGAUUUCUCGCACUCGCACCACGGACAUCGAGAUGAGCGCCUCCGCGGAGCAAGAGACGGCUCCGAUUGCCAAUUCCCGCAACGUUCGAUCGGGGAGCGUUUUCCGUAGCUUCGGAUCCCUAUUCGGAGGUAGCCAGAACAGCGGAGAUCGUCCCCCCACCCCGCAGGAUGGCGAUGGCUAUGUGGAGUUCGGAAUGCAGGAUCCGGAGCGGAAUAAUGGCCGUACUCUGGGCACAUUUGCUGGCGUCUUCAGUCCCGUGGCUUUGUCCAUGUUUAGUGCUUUGGUGUUCAUCCGUGUGGGCUAUAUCGUUGGAAAUGCGGGCCUGUACAUAACCCUGCUGCAGUUCCUCAUCGCCUAUGGAAUUUUGCUAUUCACCGUGGCUUCUGUCUGCGCCAUUUCGACCAAUGGAGCCAUCGAAGGAGGAGGCGUAUAUUUUAUGAUCAGUCGCACGCUGGGCUUGGAAUUUGGUGGCUCGAUCGGAACCCUCUUUUUCUUUGCCAAUGUGGUGGGAUCUGCGAUGGCCAUAUCCGGUUGCACUGAGGGUAUCAUGGAUAACUUCGGACCGCGUGGGCAUUUCGUGAGCGGGGACUCCCAUUUGCCGGAUGGAGAUUGGUGGCGCUUCCUUACCAGCAGCAUGAUAAAUACCCUGCAGCUGUUGGUUUGCCUGGUGGGAGCCGCUCUAUUCGCCAAGACGUCAGUGCUUAUUUUGGGAACCGUGACCGUUUGCCUGUUCGCCACGUACAUCAGUUUCCUGGUUGUGGGCGCCACCAACAAUACGAUACGCGUACCCGGGGACAAUAUUUUAUCAAAUACAACACAAUUUCUCGACUAUACGGGUCUCAAUGCCACCACGCUGCGGGAUAAUCUCGGAUCCCACUACGGCCGCGAUUACACAUCGAAUGGAAAACAAGUGGACUUCUCCACUACCUUUGGUGUGCUGUUUUCGGGAGUUACGGGAAUUAUGGCCGGAGCGAAUAUGUCCGGGGAGCUGAAGAACCCAUCGAAGAGUAUUCCCUGGGGUACACUAUCCGCAGUCGCGUUUACAUUCGUCUCCUACAUUAUCCUGUCCUUCCUGAUGAGCUGCACAACACCGUACCUCACCAUGCAGAACAAUUAUCUGUUUUUGAUGCCAGUGAAUCUGUGGCCUCCAUUUACGGCAAUCGGAAUUUUGACCGCUACCUUUUCAACUAGUCUGAGCAACCUGAUUGGUUCCAGCAGGAUAUUGGAGGCCUUGUCGAAGGAUCAAGUUUUUGGAAGCCUCCUGAACUUUGUGAUUCAUGGAACUUGGAAGGGAAAUCCCAUUGCAGCGGUUGCAGUGAGCUGGUGCCUCGUGGAGUGCAUCCUCCUGAUAGGAUCCUUCAACAUCAUUGCCCAGAUCAAUUCGGUGCUUUUUAUGCUAUCGUACUUGGCCACCAAUGUGGCGUGCUUGGGGAUCGAGCUCACGGGUGCUCCAAACUUUAGACCGCUCUUUAAGUACUUCACCUGGCACACCUGUCUGGUUGGAUUAUUGGGCACCCUCAUUAUGAUGUUUGUGAUUAACCCCAUCUACGCCUCGUCCUGCAUUAUUUUGUGCCUCAUCCUUGUAAUUGCAUUGCAUCUAUUCUCGCCUGCCACCCAGGCAGCGCAAUGGGGCUCGAUUUCCCAGGCCUUGAUGUUCCACCAGGUGCGAAAAUACCUGUUGAUGUUGGAUCCCCGCAAAGAUCACGUUAAAUUCUGGCGUCCGCAAAUCCUGCUGCUGGUCUCAUCGCCACGUUCCUGCUGUCCUCUGGUAGAUUUUGUUAAUGACCUGAAGAAGAGUGGUCUGUACAUCAUUGGUCAUGUGAAAUUGGGUGACUUCAGGGGAGUGGAAGAUGCGGAGGAGAACCAGCAGUGGUGGUCGUUCCUGGAUCACAUGAGAGUCAAGGCCUUCACGGAGGUCACCUUGAGCAGAAGCAUUCGAGAGGGAGUCCAGCAUUUGAUUCGCCUGUCGGGAAUUGGAGCAAUGAAGCCGAACACAAUUAUUUUGGGAUUCUACGACAACGAAGCCCCCCGGGAUUUCUUCAAAAACGGUUCCUCCCCCUAUAAAACCGAUGACUUCAAUAAUGGCGAUAUCCAAAACUUUCCCAUUCGACGUGAUGGCGAUCCCAAGCAAUUCCAAAUCCAGGAGUACGUGCAAAUCCUUUGCGACACUCUUAGGAUGAAGAAAAACCUGUGCCUUUGCAGAAACUUCCAAAGAUUGGACAAAAACUUUAUAUCCAUGAGCAAGCAUGUAAAGUACAUUGAUGUGUGGCCCAUCAAUAUGUUUAAUCCAACAUCUGGAGAUCCCUUUGAUAUGGUGUCUUUGUUCAUGAUGCAAUUGGCGGUGAUAAUGCUGGCCAAAUGGAAGCAUCUUCGAGUAAGAAUUUUCCUGUGUGAGGCGAACAACGAGCGAACUGUUGGCACCUUUGACACCCAGGCCCCUCAGAUGGAGAUUUUCUCAAAGAUGAAGCUGGAGCAGUCCCUCAAGGAGCUGCGCAUUACAGCCGACAUUGUGGAGAUUCAGGAAUGGAGUAGGGACACCGAUUUCAGCCGACAUGCCCUCACCCUUAAGCAAUUUACCGCUCAGGCGGACAAUGUAUUGCUGGAAGAUGAUGACGAGGUGGGCGAAGAGACCCUGAAUCGCUCGCUGCUCUACAUGCAGCGGGCCAAUCAAAUCAUACGCGAACGCUCGGAUCAGACGGCAUUGUCGUUCAUCUAUCUGGCUGCUCCGCCGAAGCUCUCCACGCCGGACUUCGCGCAACGCAGUGCCAGCUACAUGGAACUGCUAACCGAACUGACCGCCGAUUUGCCGCCCACAAUUCUCGUCCAUGGUGUCAGCACGGUGACCUCCACAACGCUCUAGACUUCGACUGGGAUUUUUGCAUUUCCAUGAGUGAUAAAAUCCGGGUUCCAACCGGAUAAAACCAAUUGCGAGGGGGUCAUUCGAUCGUUGUGUGCGUUUCUGUGGGCUCACAGCUUUAGGCAUAAUCAAGAAAUAUAAUCCUCUAGGGUGGGACGAUUUCGUUGCAAAAAUAUGAUGUUAAUAUCAUAUUUUGUUGGCAAACAAUUAUUUUAAUAUCUGAUUUUAAUUUUAUUUUAAAUAGUGAUUGUUAGUGUAACUAUAAAUUUGUAAAAUCUUUGUCCCUAUACUUGUUUAAAAACAUAUCGUCCUACCCUAUUAAAUAACUCUAGUAUAUUAAUUUCAUGUUUUAGCUAAAAUAAUAUUUAUUCGCACAGACCCGCAAAUCAAUUAAUAUCGUAAAACUUGGAAUCAAAAUUUCAUAUCAAGAAACUUAAGCAUAACCCACGCGGACCAUCUCGCAACUGAUGAAUAAUAUCAUAUUUAAAACUCAUCCUCAACCGAACCCACACCGAUAUUAACUUCUUUGUGAUUAAACAUAAAUAUUUACUACUGAUUCACGAUUAAACAUACCGCAAGGCAAAAAGUAUUAGAUAACUGCAAUUGAUUGCGGUUGUAAAAUUGAUGAUUUCAUAUUGCACUUAGUUCGUAAGGACCUUUUAAGGAGCCCUUCACAGUUUGACCGAACUUUGAUGGAUUGUUUUAGACAAGUAUAUUGUGUAAGUGUAAACUUUAUGAAACUGUGACUAACCGCAUAAUAUGAUUAUUAAUCGCAGCAUUCAUUGUAAUCGGUUCUUUCCAACAACUUAAAUAAAGACUUAGCGAUAUGUUUUUAUGUAA